AUGGCGCCGAGAUCCUUACGAGAAAAUUUGGCUCCUCUCCAGACCUCGGCGGUGGCCCCGCUACAUACUUCCAACAUACCACCUACAUACCAUCGACAUACUACCACCAAUUUGCCUCCAACUUACCACCAACAUACUACCACCAUACCACCAACAUACCGCCAACAUCAAAAUGCAACCACCAUGCCACCAACAUACUGCCGCAAAAUUAUCAUGAUGUUGCUGCCAAUAUACUAUCAUCACAACAUACCUCCAACAUACCCCAACACACUGCCGCCAACAUACCACCAACAUACUACCAUAACAUACCCAAACAUACCACCAACAUACUACCCCAAGAUACUGCCGCCAACAUACUACCACAACAUACCCCAACAUACAACAACUCAUCGCAACAUAGCCCCAAUCAUUAACCACCAAAUAUACUAUUCCAAGAUACUGCCGCCAACACACCACAACAUAUCUACCACAACAUCCCUGCAACAUAGUACCUUUCCAAUAUACUGGCCGCCAACAUACUACCGUCCAACAUAG